AGAAAUUACGUAAAAAAUAUGGUGGAACGUGUUGUGGUGUGAUUGUAGCGAAUUUGUUUAUUUUGCGUGUUAUUACGAUCUCAUUUAUAGUUUUCCAUAUUAAACCGUACUUAACGUUACAAAAACCACGAUGGCCAUCCUUUAGUCAUGGGUUUUAGAGAUUAUCGCGAGUUAAAAUCGUGGAUACAACAUCACUUUUUUGGAGUGUUUUCGAAGGGUAAAGAAAAACAAUGAAUAAAAGCAAACAGGACAAGUGGAAAGCUUUGGCUACAGUUAAAUCAUUUGAUUUAGGACAUCUUUUCUUUCCAGGGCCAACUCUGAACAGCAACCAUGAAUCAAUCAUCCAGCAGAGCAUGCAACAGAUUGACCUCAUUAAUGCCGCCGCCACCACACCCAUCAGUCUCCUGGUACAGUCCCUGGUCAAACAACUUUGCACACUCCUCGAGAAAGACACCUUGAAGGCCAACCAGCUGUACAACACAAUAUGUGAGAAGCUACACAGCAUGAAGUUGAUAGAUGACUCAUACGCAAUGGGCGAGUUUGAGGCAAUGAGGAGUCAGUACCAACGAGCGUUGUACCAAUUCGUGACAGUCGCAAGCGGAGCAGAAAUCCCCAUUACCUUACCAGCGACCUGGCCCAUAACAGCCGGUUCAGGCCUCGAAUGGUCCAGAUACCAUCGGGAUUUCGAGGAGCUGUACUUCAUAGCUGGCGGUGGGUUUGGAAGCGUCUUUAAAGCUCGACACCGGCUUGACGGUGUUGAAUACGCAGUUAAAAAGGUUUUCAUAAAGUCUGCCAAUGUAAAUUCAAUCAUGAACCAUUUGGCCGAAGUGAAGACAAUAGCAAGUCUCAAUCAUCCGAAUAUCGUUAAUUAUAAAGCGGCAUGGUUGGAACCGAUGAUAGAAUCAACUACGGUGAAAAAAGGCCAUAAAUUCCAAAUGGAUACUGACAGCGACGAGUUCUCCCUCGAUUCCAAACUGAUUUCAUCAGCGCACCCGAAUACGAUAACGUCUUUCAAAACACACAACUCUAAAGAGUUGAAGAAGGAGAAAAGUAUGUCAGAUUUCAGUAUUUCCUUCCAAAACUCAAAUAGUUUCGAAGACCUUACAAACUCUGAUGAUGAAUUAGAAGAAUCCGACACAGACGAUGAUUCCAAAACACCAGAAGAGAACGCCAUUUGUAAUUUGUUCACUGGAGUGGAGUUCGAGAAUUGCUCUCGUAUAAAUCUCAAAUGGGCCACCUUGUACAUCCAGAUGACGUUUUGCCAACAAACGCUGAAGCAGUGGCUCGACGAGCGCAAUAACCACAUGAUAACAAGAAACUCGGAAGACCUGACGCUGCCCUGUGAUUCUCCUCUAGAACAUCACGAUUUCAACUAUCCUGUUGCAUUUACGCACAUAGACUUACUGAUAGACAUGUUCACACAGUUAGUGAGGGGGCUCCAUUAUAUUCAUUCCCGUGGGAUUAUCCACCAUGACAUCAAGCCAAGUAAUGUGUUCGUGGCACCGCAUGAGGGAGGUCUUUUGGUACAGUUGGGUGAUUUUGGCCUUGCCUGUCCGCUGCAGCAGUCGCAUUCUGGAUUGGUGCUUGGGACGCAGUUGUAUGCUGCGCCUGAGCAGUUGGAAGGGCAGUGUAAUCCUAAGAGCGACAUGUACAGCCUCGGGAUAAUACUUCUAGAGAUGGUGGAGCCCUUCGUCACCAACAUGGAGCGAGUAAAGACCAUCACCGACCUUCGGAAGGGCCAGAUUCCAGCACACCUCACUGCCAACUAUCCCAAAGUAGCCCAUAUCAUAGGAAAACUGGUCCAGCGAAGACCAGCUAAGAGACUAGAUUGUGCCCAACUCUUAGAGGAAUUGAAAAACUUAAAAGAAAACAAGGACGAGACCAUCAGGUUGUUGAAGGAAGAAUUGGUGGCGAAGGACGAAGAAAUCGCAAAAUUGAAGAUGAUGCUCGCGAAACUUAAUUAUAAUUCCUAAUGUGUGAUUGUGUGUGAGAUUGUAAGUUAAUAAUUAAUUAUAGUAUUUUUUCUACU